GUGAUCCUGGUGCUCUUGCAAGAGGGAGCGAGAACACAUCCUUCUACUCCAACAUCUUGGUUCCAAUCACGUUUUGCAUGUAUUAACUCAUUGUUCUUCACAUCAUCCUCAGGAGAUGAGGCUCAGAGAGGUUGAGUAAUUCAUCUAAGAUCAAAAAGUGAGGAAACUGAGGCUCAAAGAGGCAUAGAUUUUCCUAGGAUCACCCCAGCAGUGAAACUUUAAGUUUGCCUGGGUUAUUCUUUCAUAUGACCCUUUUGGACACACUGAAGGCUGUAUUCAGAGUUUUCUCACCUGGAACACAGGAGCCAGAGGGAGAAGGUUUGCAAAAUGCAAAUCUGAUCACGUCAUUCUCCUGCUUAUCACCCACUGCAAUGUCCACAAGGAGUCUUCUUAGGUUCAACUACACACUCAGACUCAACAGAUGACCACAAGCCAUACUUGGCAUUGACAUACUCUGAUGGAUGUAAGACAGGAACCUCAGCUUGCUAGAAUGGCACUCAAUGUCAGCACCCGCACUCAACUCUCCCUCUCAGCGGGGGAGUCCUUGCUGCAUGUGUACCAGAGCAGUACAGCACAGGUUCGAGGAAAUGAAUCCCCAUCUGGUGGGUGCAGGAGUCAUCGUGGCUUAAAAGCUUCAUGUCCCCUGGGAGCCGAUACCUUUGUACCUGCCCAGUUACAGGAGUCACCAUGCUCAUGAAGCCCAAAAUAUGAUUUCCCACCAGGAUCUCAUCCAGGACACCACAGUACAUUUAGUCGUCAUGCAUCUUUAAGGCUCCUCUUGGCUGUGACAGUUUCUCAGACUUUCCUUGUUUCGACAGUUCUGAGCUGCCCAGCGGCCAAGGGAUGAGCUGGGGCCCGCCUUCCCAAUGGCAUCUCCCCCUGGUCUGGAACUGAAGACACUGAGCAAUGGUCCCCAGGCCCCAAGGAGACCAGCUCCUCUGGGUCCAGCGGCCCCACGCAGGGAGGGUGUGGAGAAUGCCUGCUUCUUUUCGGAGGAGCACGAGACUCAUUUCCAGAACCCUAGGGAUGCCAGACUGGGCAGCUCCCCCAGCCCCCCUGAGGGCGUCCCCUCAUGGCCCCGAUCCCAGAGGGACGACCUGUCCCUGCGUUCAGAAGAGGGGCCAGGCCUGGAGCCUGUGAGCCGCCCGGUGGAUUACGGCUUCGUUUCCGCUCUGGUUUUCCUGGUGAGCGGGAUCCUCCUGGUGGUGACUGCGUACACCAUCCCCCGAGAGGCCCGUGUCAACCCGGACACAGUGUCAGCACGGGAGAUGGAACGACUAGAAAUGUACUAUGCGCGCCUGGGCUCACACCUGGACAAGUGCAUCAUUGCAGGCCUGGGGCUGCUCACAGUGGGCGGCAUGCUCUUGUCCGUGCUGCUGAUGGUCUCCCUGUGCAAGGGAGAGCUGUACCGCCGGCCGAACUUCGUCCCUGGCAGGGGCUCCAGGAAGACCUACGGCUCCAUUAACCUGCGCAUGAGACAGCUCAGUGGGGAUGGGAGCCAGGCCCUGGUGGAGAACGAAGUCGUCCAGGUCUCGGAGACCAGCCGCACCCUCCAGGGGUCUUAAGUAAGAGCCCACCCUAUCUGGCUGCUUCAGCUUCAGGGCUACAAGGCCUCCGAGUCUGGGGUUUUGGACUGAGCUCCACAUAGGGCCCCGUGGAAGGAGUCCUGGGUGCUGGAGGGGGAGCUUGGGGCCUGGCCCAGGCUUCGCUUGGGAGAGCUUCCCCCGAUCUGUUUUGUAGCUUGAGGUUUUGCAUAAGGUUUUGUUUGAAGGAUGGCUUCUGCUGCUAAAAAUACAGAAGUUUGGAAACUGCU